CAAUGCAACAUUUACUUUUUUAUUAAAAAUAUUGCAUAUUCUCUUUUUUUAAGUCAUACAUAUAUGAGCAUAACCAGAUAUUGAGAGUUGCUAGGAGACAGAUUACAGAUUGUUUGAUCUAAAUCUGCCUCGUAUUUGUAAUCUGUUGUAAUAUAAGAAUAAAAUGUUAAAUGUGUAAUUUGCAUACCGAGCAACAAAGUGAUAAUCGAGAUGGUAAAUGAAAAGGAGUUUUGGACGGAGAUUCGAAAAGAUAUACCAAGAUACAAAAAGAGGAAGCCACGAGUCGUUCCUGCUUUCACUAUACAAGCUCUGCAGGAAAAUACCGUUGUUCCAAAACCACCACCAUGCGGAUUGUACAAACCUCGUCCACCAAAACCAUCGACUUUCCGAAAGUUCUACAAACGCGGCGUUUUUCCCAUCUCCUUGGAAAACGAUGGCUAUGGUCAGAAAAUUAAUUGGAAAGUAGAUAUAGAAAACUUGGAUUUUCAUCAUUAUUUGCCAAUGUUCUUCGAUGGAUUAACAGAAACAGAACAACCGUAUAAAUUUCUAGUGGAGCAAGGAAUAUCGGAUAUGUUGGAAAAUGGUGGCCCAAAAAUAUUACCUGUUGUUCCUCAACUCAUCAUACCUAUCAAGAAUGCUUUGAACACAAGAAUGCCUGAGAUAAUUUGCACCACCAUGAAAGCACUUCAACGUUUAGUACGUUCAGCAGAUUGUGUUGGUGAAGCUUUGGUUCCAUAUUUUAGGCAAAUUUUGCCUAUUCCUAAUUUACUCAAAGACAAAAAUCUGAACCUUGGAGAGGGUAUUGAUUAUUCUCAACAGAGAGGAGAGAAUGUAGCAGAUAUUAUACAAGAAACGCUUGAAGUAUUGGAAAGCUAUGGUGGUGAAGAUGCUUUUAUAAAUAUCAAAUAUAUGGUCCCUACUUAUGAAUCUUGUAUAAUGAAUAAAUAGAUGUGGAUUUUAAUAGAAAAUGGCACUGCAAUCCAUAUAUUAAACAGAUUUAUUCAAUAUUUGUAAAUGAAGAUUAUUAAAGUGCACAUAAAAAAUUCAAUUUAA